UUUGAGAGUACAUUUAGAAUUUGUAGACUUUUGCUCAAUUGUACUGUUUUCCAACUCCAGUCUGUCAGGGUGUCUGAUCACAGAGAAAGGCUGCGCUUCUCUGGCCUCUACUCUGAGCUCCAACCCCUCCCACCUUAGAGAGCUGGACCUGAGUAACAACAACCUAAGGAUUUCAGGAGUGAAUCUUCUGUCUGCUGGAUUCCAUAGUCAACACUGGAAACUGGAAACUCUUAGUCUGUCAGGGUGUCUGAUCACAGAGGAAGGCUGCGCUUCUCUUGGCUCAGCUUUGAGCUCUAACCCCUCCCACCUUAGAGAGCUGGACCUGAGUAACAACAACCUGCAGGAUUCAGGAAUGAAUCUGCUGUCUGCUGGAUUCAAAAGUCAACACUGGAAACUGGAAACUCUCAGAUUGUCAGGGUGUCUGAUCACCGAGGAAGGCUGCGCUUCUCUGGCCUCAGCUCUGAGCUCCAGCCCCUCCCACCUUAGAGAGCUGGACCUGAGCUACAACCAUCCAGGAGACUCAGGUGUCGAACAGCUCUCUGCUCGACAGAAGGAUCCAGACAGCAGACUGGAUACACUGAGGGUGGACCAUGGUGGAGAGCAGAGGUUAAAACCUGGACUGAAGAAGUAUGUCUGUGAACUCACUCUGGACUCAAACACAGCAUACAGAGACCUCAGACUGUCUGAAGACAACAGGGAGGUGACACGUGUGAGAGAGGAUCAGUCAUAUCCUGAUCAUCCAGACAGAUUUGACUCCUGGACUCAGCUGCUGUGUAGAGAUGGUCUGACUGGUCGCUGUUACUGGGAGGUCGAGUGUAGAGGAUGGGUUUAUAUAUCAGUGAGUUACAGAGGAAUCAGAAGGAAAGGAGACAAGGCUGAUUUGAAGAACUACCUGUGA